UUUUGGCAAAUCCCAGCUUUACAAAAUAUUGGGCAUAUUUGCUUUUCUGCUUCCCACACUCUGCUAGGGUUUUCAGAGUCGCCGCUUCUCUUUCCUUCUUCUUCUUCUUCUACUUGGUCUUCGUUUUCUUUUUUGACUCGGAUUCAUCAUUCACUCGCUGUCUCGCCGAGUCCACUCAUCAACUCGCUUCUAAUGGCGAUGGAAGUUACCCAAAUUCUUUUAAAUGCACAAGCAGUGGAUGGGAAUGUACGCAAGCAUGCAGAAGAAAACCUUAGACAAUUUCAAGAACAAAAUCUUCCAAGUUUCUUGCUCUCUCUUGCUGGAGAAUUGGCAAAUGAUGAUAAGCCUGUUGAGAGUCGUAAAUUAGCAGGUUUGAUCCUUAAGAAUGCUUUGGAUGCCAAAGAACAACAUAGGAAGUUCGAGCUUGGACAAAGAUGGUUGUCCUUAGACCCAUCUGUGAAGGCCCAGAUCAAAGCUUGUUUGUUAAAGACCCUUUCUUCUCCUGCCCAUGAUGCUCGAUCAACUGCAUCUCAAGUCGUUGCAAAGCUAGCAGGGAUUGAGUUGCCUCUUAAACAGUGGCCUGAACUGAUCGAAGCUCUAUUGUCAAAUAAUAAUCAACUUCCAGCUCAUACUAGACAAGCAACUCUUGAAACUCUUGGAUACAUAUGCGAGGAAGUCUCCCCGGAUGUGGUAGAGCAGGACCAAGUGAAUAAAAUGCUUACUGCUGUAGUUCAGGGCAUGAACUCUUCUGAGACUAAUAAUGAUGUCAGGCUUGCAGCCACAAGAGCUUUGCAUAAUGCCUUGGGUUUUGCUCAGGCAAAUUUCUCAAAUGAUAUGGAAGUAAAGAUUCGACAGGCAGCCUUUGAGUGCCUUGUUUCUAUAUCUUCGACCUAUUAUGAAAAGUUGGCUCCGUACAUCCAAGAUAUUUUUAGCAUUACUGCUAAGGCUGUGAAGGAAGAUGAGGAACCUGUUGCACUACAGGCUAUCGAGUUCUGGAGUUCAAUUUGUGAUGAAGAGAUUGACAUUUUAGAAGAAUAUGGCAGUGAUUUUACUGGGGAUUCUGUUAUUCCGUGCUACUAUUUUAUUAAGCAAGCACUUCCUGCUCUGAUCCCCUUAUUAUUGGAGACUCUUCUUAAGCAAGAAGAGGAUCAGGAUCAGGAUGAAGUGGCCUGGAAUGUUGCAAUGGCAGGUGGAACUUGCUUGGGCUUGGUAGCACGGACAGUUGGCGAUGAUGUUGUUCCACUUGUAAUGCCAUUUAUUGAGGAGAACAUUACAAAACCAGAUUGGAGGCAGAGAGAGGCAGCCACCUAUGCGUUUGGUUCUAUUUUGGAAGGCCCAUCCCCUGACAAGCUCAUGCCUCUAGUUAAUGUUGCUCUGAAUUUUAUGCUGAAUGCUUUGAUGAAAGAUCCAAAUAACCAUGUGAAAGACACUACCGGAUGGACUCUUGGAAGAAUAUUUGAAUUUCUCCAUGGUUCAACUUUGGAGACACCCAUAAUUACCCAAGCAAAUUGUCAACAGAUCAUCACAGUUCUUCUUCAGAGCAUGAAAGAUGUCCCAAAUGUUGCUGAGAAGGCAUGUGGUGCUCUCUAUUUUCUGGCCCAGGGUUUUGAAGAUGCUGGACCUUCUUCCUCCCCACUGGCUCCUUUUUUCCAGGAUAUCAUCCAGGCCCUUCUCGAUGCCACUCACCGAGAAGAUGCUGGAGAAUCCCGCCUGCGAACUGCAGCCUACGAAGCUCUGAAUGAAGUUGUAAGGUGUUCCACUGAUGACACUGCUCCAAUGGUGAUGCAGUUAGUUCCUCUCAUUAUGAUGGAACUCCACCAGACUCUUGAGGCACAAAAGCUUUCAUCUGAUGAGAGGGAGAAGCAGAAUGAAUUACAAGGCCUUCUUUGUGGUUGCUUGCAGGUCAUUAUACAGAAGCUUGGGUCAUCUGAACCAACAAAAUAUGUCUUCUUGCAAUAUGCUGACCAGAUGAUGGGCCUGUUCUUGAGAGUAUUUGCUUGUAAAAGUGCCACAGCUCAUGAGGAGGCUAUGCUUGCAAUUGGAGCUCUUGUCUAUUCGACAGGCGCUGAUUUUGCUAAGUACAUGACUGAGUUUUAUAAAUACUUGGAAAUGGGUCUCCAGAAUUUUGAGGAUUACCAGGUUUGUGCCAUCACAGUUGGUGUGGUGGGGGAUAUAUGCCGGGCUUUAGAGGAUAAAAUAUUGCCUUUUUGUGAUGGGAUAAUGACUCAGCUCCUCAAGGAUUUGUCGAGCAACCAGUUGCACCGCUCUGUGAAGCCUCCCAUAUUUUCAUGCUUUGGUGAUCUAGCUUUGGCAAUUGGGGAGAAUUUUGAGAAGUAUUUGAUGUAUGCCAUGCCCAUGCUUCAGAGUGCGGCAGAGCUAUCUGCCCAUACAUCCGGAGUUGAUGAUGAUAUGAUAGAGUACACAAAUACAUUGAGAAAUGGAAUUAUGGAGGCGUACUCUGGCAUCUUGCAAGGAUUUAAGGGCUCUGCAAAGACCCAUUUAUUGAUGCCUUAUGCACCUCAUGUUCUUCAGUUCUUGGAUAGUUUAUACAUAGAGAAGGACAUGGAUGAUUUCGUGAUAAAAACUGCCAUUGGGCUCCUUGGAGAUCUAGCUGAUACACUGGGUAGUGCUGUUGGUUCAUUAAUUCAGCAAUCUGUGUCAGCCAGAGACUUUCUAAAUGAAUGUCUCACGUCAGAUGAUCCUUCGAUUAAGGAAGCUGCCGAAUGGGUCAAGAUAGCUAUCAGCCGGGCAACUAAUUUUUGAGGCUGCUGCUGUUUAGUAUAUUCUUGUUCUUACAUGCAUUUGGGUGUCUUGAGUUGGGGUCAGGUCUGGGAUUGCAUAUCAUGAGUCGGGUCAUCACCAUUUUUGGGCUGAUAUGUUUGCUUCAAUGGCAGUCAGUAUACCAAAUCAGCAUCGGGGAGUCAGUUUUUUCUUGUUAUUUUUUAAUUUUAUUGCUUGCAUUGCAUCGGAGGAAGUUGGUGGUGAUGACCCCUGUGUCUCUGCUAUCUUGGCAGAAAGAGAUGAAUAGAAAAAAGAGAAACUGGUCCAAUGGUGUUGGAGGAAUGAGAUAUAGAAAUACACCCGCGAGUACCCGUUUCAUCUAUCUGAAGUUGAUGGUGGUGGAGGUUUUUGGUUCAGGAGCCGCCGAGUCGGGGCCCUUCAGCAGCAGUUCUGUAAAGUCUGCAUUCUCUCUCCCCCUCUAUAUCUUUUGGCCUUCUUUUUCUUUCCUUCACCAGAAUUUGGUGUCUAAAAAGUAUUUGCAUUGUUACGUCAUAUGUCAAAAUUGUGAUAGAGUUUGGUCUCUGCCUUUUUUGUAGCCAGUCAUCCCUGUAUACUUGCUCGUUAUGUAGGAUUGGUGACGUCAUCCGCAUAAUAUUUGGGCAAUAUUCAUGCAUAUUAUUUAGUCAUAUUUCAUAUCAUUGUUGUACUCACAGGAAUUUUUCAUUUUGUCAGUCAAAUGUUCCAAUCUCAUGCAUUCUUAUUUAGAAUCUUAUGCUGCCUUUGUUUGUGGUUGGUUGGUUGGGCUUUUUGUAUGUAUAUAUAUAGCCUAUAGCCCAUUCUUUGUGUUUCUUUUUACCCUUGGUCAUUUGGGUUGCACCAGAUUAAGUUGUCAAGUCCGGGCCUUUUUAUUGCCUUGAUUUGUCAAACAUAAGAUUUUAUUAAAUCUAUUAAAUCGUCUUAUGAUAUUAAUCCUUUUA